CAGCCCCGCUCACUUCUGCUUUUGGACGUGUGGAGAGAGAAGAGAGGGGUCUGAAAAUGUUCUUCUGAAGCUGCGUGCCUGAUUACAGUUGAAUCUUUUGUUCAAAACUUGCUAGUAUCUGUCACAGUCAUGUCAAGAUAUCAUAAAGCAGCCAUUGAUGGCUAUUUGGAUCUCUUAAAGGAGGCCACUAAAAAGGAUUUGAACACCCCUGACGAGGAUGGCAUGACACCCACUCUGUGGGCAGCUUACCAUGGACGACUGGAGGCUCUUCAGCUUAUCUGUAGCAGAGGUGGAGAUCCUGACAGAAGUGACAUCUGGGGGAACACGCCCUUACACCACGCAGCCUCCAACGGACACAUGCACAUCCUUAGCUUCCUGGUGAACUUCGGAGCCAAUCUCUUCGCUUUGGACAAUGACUUCCACACUCCUAUGGAUGUGGCUGCCUCCAGGGAUCAGAUGAAUUGCGUCCGCUUCCUAGACAACGCCGCCUCUCAGCAGACCCGCCAGAAUGCAAAGAAGGUGGCUCGCUUGAAGGAGCAGGCGGUCAAAGAUGCAGAGCGCAGGGUGAAGCUGUGCGAGAAGGUCAAGAAGAGGCACCAGAGUAAGAUGGACAAGAUGUAUCGUGGCUCUGUCUCCGAAGCCAGCGUAUCUUCUCUCUCCAGCACAGGCACAAUGAAUAACGUCAACGAGCAGUUCUCAAAGCUCAUCGCCUCAGACACAACUGGGUCUAUCAAGGCAACGAUCAAGGGAACCCUCCAGCGCAAGUUUGGAAAGAAGGACAAGGGAACUGUGUCUAGACAAGGGGACAGCAAUGUUAUAUACGUAAAGCAGGAGAAUGGAAAUGCAGAGAAGCCGGAAUUCACAGACGUCUUCAAUGAGCUGGAUGAAAACGAGGAGGAUGAAGAUGGAAUGGGAGGUUUCAAAGAUGAAGAAGAUGAAGAAGGUGCUGGUCAAGCGAAGGAGUCUAUCUUUAAAAGACCCGGCCUUGGGAACAUGGUUUUCCGAAAGAAUUUCUCUAUGGAAAUGGGCAUUGAGCCAGAUGAAUUCCCCAGUGGCGACAUGGAGGACCUCGGAUACCUCAUCCGCAAGGAGGUGUUUGAGGCAGAAGAUGAAGGAAUGGAGGAUUAUUCAGAAGAGGACUCACAGCUGCCUUGGAAGCAGGAGGAGCUCGGACUGGACGAGGAUGAAGAGGAGACUUUGCCCCUGGACGCUUUCCUUAACUCUGUUAACCUGCUGGACUUUGCCCCCGUGUUCGUCCGUGAGCAGUUGGACCUGGAAGCCCUCAUGCUCUGCUCAGAUGAUGAUCUAAAAAGCAUCCGGAUCCAGCUAGGACCUCGCAAGAAGAUUCUGGAAGCAGCGGCUAGAAGGAAAGCAGCCUUGGAGCAGCCUGGUGUCAUGAAGGACACCUUCCUGUAAUGCCACCGUAUGUACAGUUGUACGCAACAGCUUGAACGUGUUUUGCUGAUUUUAUUAGUGAAAAUAAGUACAAAUGCUCUCCAGGGAAUAAGCUGAAAUAUUUUUCUGCAAAUUUAGUGCAGAAAAUUUGUUAAGUUCAGCAGAUAAACAAUCAUCAUGUAGUAAAACAUACAGAAGUGUGUUCUCUGAGGGUGUGUUACUCUUUUUCAUCUAAAAAGUCAACAAAAUGUGUAAUUUGACCAGAGGUGCCCAAACUUUUGCACACCACUGUGUAUGAAUAUUUCCAGUGUCAUUUAUCUGAAACUCUUUAAGUGAUUCAACUGCUUAUUCCUCAUCACACUGUGUCAAAGCUUUUAAAAGAUUGAUAUAAAGCUAUAUAUACUAUAAAUUUAAGAUGCUUUUAAUAAAAUAUGUAAAAUACUUUAUUAUAGAAAAAAAAAAUUCAUCAGUAAAUUCUUGUCUUGUAUUUUUUUGCCAUUUAAAUUUGCUUACAAAUGAAGCUAACGUAUGUACAUUUUCUCUCCUUUACCCAUUUUUCUCAAGAGCUAUGAUGAUGAUUAUACAUAGCUAUGGCAUCCAUGUACGGUUUUGAUGGUCCCCUAUAGAUGAUCUACACAUACUUAAAUUAUUAAGAAAUUAUUAUUAAAUUAUUAAGAAGCCCGUUUUGAAUUCAUUGUUUUUGUGAUGUCACUAAAACCAAAGUAUUUACAUUCAUCCACCUGUUCAGCCUACAACAGUUUAGCCCUGCCUAUUCAAACUUCAGUUAAAAGGGGUGUUUCAGCCUAUACUAACCUUUUAAAAGAAAGCACAAUACAGAGCAAACGUAAGUGACUUGAGAGCGAAAAGCCUCCCCUUGUGGAGAAUCUUCAGCCUGCUGAACGCAACUUUAUGAUGACUGUGGUUGGGGACUGCUUUGAGUAGAAGGCAAUGAAAUGUAAUAGGUGGGAUGUUUUUAGUCAGUCAGAAUUCGAAAGGCCAGGCCUACAUUCAAUUGUGCACAGAUUUAACAAUUCCUAUGUUUUGGCCUUUAAAUCAAUAGAAAAUAGGAAACCUAGGUUUAUAGUAGUCCUGUGAUAAAGAUGAAGUCCUAGUAAGAAAAGUCUCUAAAGUUUGAUGGCAGAAUAAACUUAUUUUAAAGAUUCAGAGCAUUAGUUAAAAGAAAUUAUACAACUGCUGUUGCCUUAUGUUUCACAGUUGUCCCUGAAAAGCUAUAAAUGGAGCAUUAAUUUGAAUUAACUCAAACUACAGUCUGGUUUGGAAGAAGAGAAUUAUACAUUAAUGCUGCUCAAGUUCUGAUGCUCAAAUUUAAAUCUGGUAGGCUGUGCACUGAGUCAUUUAACCUGAGUUCUUGUUUGGUUGAUUUUAAUUUUGCCUCAUAAAUGUACGAACCCCAUCUCCAGAAAAGCUGAGACAUUUUGUAAUAUACUAAUGUCCAUCUACAAAAAUACAAUUAAGUUGGUCAGUGAAAACAUUGGAAAUCUUUUCUUUGUACUUUUUGUCAGUGCUGUGGUGUAGCAGCAUCAUUCAUGUUGUUCAUGGCAAAAUAGUGCAGAUAGCAGGCUGCAGUGGGAUGUGUGGAAGAGAUAAAGACCUUGAUUUUUUUUAAAUUUUGUAAUCAAUAUAUUUGUUAACUGUGAAAUUCACAAAAUUAAGAGAAACAUACUGGCUGUACUGAAAGAAUGGAAAAUUUUAUUGACAGCAAACUAAGUAGCUGAUAAGACAGACUGAUGGGUUAAGGUCCAAAAAAUUACAAGUACAUUUGUUUAGAAAUGUAUCCUGAAUAAAUAAUACAAUUUU